AUGCUUUAUUCAACUGAAGAUUGUCAAGAAUGUCAAAUAAAACAAGAAAAUGAAAUUUUGGCACUUGAGGCAAUUUAUCCUCAAGAUUUCACAUACACAGAAAACCAUGGAAAUUCUCCACGUUACCAAGGAUCUCUCACGAUUCGAAUAUCAACUCCACAUGAAAUUAUGAUAUAUUUUACCGGUGGUAAAAAUUCAACUAACGAUCUGCCACUUAAAGUUCGAUAUUUACCACCGGUCAAAAUCAUAUUUUCGAUGCCAAGCGAUUACCCUAUCGAGGAGUCCUUACAUUUUGAGCUUGAAUGUUGUUGGAUGCGAUGUGAAUGGAUAAGAUUAUUGGAAGAAGAACUUUUAAAAAUUUGGGAAGAAGAGAGAGAUGCGGCCAAAAAUCAAGAUUUUAUCAAUGAUCAUUUUACUUGUGGGAUUUGUCUUGAAGAAAAACAUGGUGAUAAAUGUUAUCGAAUUAAUUCAUGUCAACAUGUAUUUUGUCAAAUUUGUCUUCGUGAAUAUUUUGAAAUCCUAAUUCGGGAAGGAUCUGUAAUACAAGUCAAAUGUCCUGAUCUUGGUUGCAAGUUACAGAAUAAAUUAACUAAAGAAGAAAUGUCAGAAAUUGUCGGUCCUGAAAUGUCACAAAGAUACGUCGAUCUAUUAGAAAAACAAAAAUUAGAGACGGAUCCUUUGGUGACUUAUUGUCCUCGUAAAGUAUGUCAGGCACCUGUGAAAAAAGAUUCAUCUGUUGAGAAAUUAUGUGUUUGUACAAAAUGUACAUUUGCCUUUUGUUGGUUCUGUCAACGAACUUGGCAUGGAGUUGGUGUACCAUGUGCGAUAAGCAAUAUCAAAAAGGUCGUUCAAGAAUAUAUGGCAGCUGAUGAAGCUACCAAAUCUAUGUUUGAACUUCGUUAUGGAACGAAGAAUAUAGAAAAGUUGGUCAAAGAUGCUCAAGAAGAAAUGGAAACUGAUAAAUGGAAGAAGUCAAACACUCAAAAAUGUCCACAAUGCGAAGCUGCUAUUGAGAAAUCCAUGGGAUGUAAUCAUAUGCUAUGUACGCGUUGUCAAACACACUUUUGUUAUCUAUGUGGAAACUGGGUAGAUCCUAAGGAACCUUAUCGCCAUUUUAAUAAUGUCAACACUUCUUGUAACCAACGUUUAUUUGAUGGUGUGAAUGUGGAUGACUUUGAGUUGGCAGAUGAUUUUAUACUUGUUUAA